AUGUCUUUGUUGGCUUACACAAAUCUUUUACUUCAAAAUGGUCGAAUUUUUCGUUAUUACAAAAAAGCUAACAUCAAAAAAUUUAUUAAAAAAAUCAUCAAAUUGGAUCUAAAAUCGACCCCGAGUGAAGCAUCCGUAAGUCGUCAAACGUUUUUGUCUACUGGAUUAAAUUCAGUUAAAAAUGCCGUGCAGCUUCAAGCUAGAAAAUUGUUAAUCAACAAUGUUUUGGAAAGAGUGACACCAACAUUAAAUUCAGACCUUAAAAAAAAAGCAGCCAAAAGGCUUUUCUACGGAGAUUCAGCUCCAUUUUUUGCACUUGUUGGUGUAAGCUUAGCAUCUGGAAGUGGCCUUUUAACAAAAGAUGAUGAAUUAGAGGGCAUUUGUUGGGAAAUCCGAGAAGCAGUUUCUAAAGGGAAAUGGAAUGAUUCUGAAUCUGAAAAUGUAGAACAAUUGCAAGCUGCUAAUCUUGAUGAACUUGAUUUAGGGGAACCAAUAGCGAAAGGAUGUAAUGCUGUCGUUUAUUCUGCCAAAUUAAAAAAUGUUCAAUCGAAUAAAUUGGCACAUCAAUUGGCUGUGAAAAUGAUGUUUAAUUAUGAUGUCGAAUCCAACUCGACUGCGAUUUUAAAAGCCAUGUACAGGGAAACAGUUCCAGCCAUGUCAUAUUUUUUCAAUCAAAAUUUAUUUAAUAUUGAAAAUAUUUCAGAUUUUAAAAUUCGCCUUCCGCCUCAUCCUAACAUUGUGAGAAUGUACUCUGUAUUUGCUGAUAGAAUACCAGAUUUACAAUGUAAUAAACAAUUAUAUCCAGAAGCUCUCCCUCCAAGAAUUAAUCCGGAAGGAUCAGGAAGAAAUAUGAGUUUAUUUCUCGUUAUGAAAAGAUAUGAUUGCACGUUAAAAGAAUAUUUGAGAGAUAAAACUCCGAAUAUGAGAUCAUCAAUUCUUUUGCUCUCGCAACUCUUAGAAGCUGUUGCUCAUAUGAAUAUUCAUAACAUAUCUCAUAGAGAUUUAAAAUCUGACAAUAUAUUAGUUGACCUUUCUGAGGGAGAUGCUUAUCCAACCAUCGUGAUAACCGACUUCGGAUGCUGUCUCUGCGAUAAACAAAAUGGUCUCGUCAUACCAUACAGAUCGGAAGAUCAAGACAAGGGUGGAAACAGGGCUUUGAUGGCACCAGAAAUCGCCAACGCCAAACCCGGAACGUUUUCAUGGUUAAAUUAUAAAAAAUCUGAUCUUUGGGCCGUCGGAGCCAUUGCAUACGAAAUAUUCAACAUCGACAAUCCGUUUUACGAUAAAACGAUGAAAUUGCUAAGCAAAAGUUACAAAGAGGAAGAUUUACCCGAAUUACCCGACACGAUUCCUUUCAUAAUAAGAAAUCUCGUGAGCAACAUGUUGUCGAGAUCGACGAAUAAGAGGUUGGAUUGCGACGUUGCCGCAACGGUCGCUCAACUUUAUUUAUGGGCACCGAGUUCUUGGUUGAAAGAAAAUUACACUCUACCCAACAGCAACGAAAUAAUACAAUGGUUACUCUGUUUGAGUUCGAAAGUUCUUUGCGAAAGAGACAUAACGGCUAGAAAUAAAACCAACACCAUGUCGGAAAGCGUUUCGAAAGCUCAAUACAAGGGAAGGAGAAGUUUACCGGAAUACGAAUUAAUUGCGAGCUUUCUGAGACGAGUCAGAUUGCACCUAGUCAGAAAAGGAUUAAAAUGGAUACAAGAAUUACAUAUAUAUAAUUAA